AUGUCGAGUACAUCCACGCAGACGACCACCGCCACCCUCGACGCCCCCCAAAUCCGAGAGCUUAGUCCAGGCUUCGGGGUGGAAGUCCAAGGGCUCCAGUUUACGCCGCGCGUGAAGGAGGAGAACUUCAAGCUCAUCCAAAAUCUCGUCACCAAGUACGGUGUCGUCGUCCUCCGCAAGACUGGACUGACUGACGAAACUCACAUCGCACUUGCCCGUAUGUUCGGCGAGCUCGACGACGUUAAGCCAUAUAACAAGGCCGGUCGCGCCAACCGGCUCAAGUAUGACGAGCUGUUUGAUGUGGGCAACAUGGAAGCCGACGGCUCUCUCGUCGACCCUGCGAGUCCGCGGGCGCAGGCCAACCGUGGGAACUCCUUCUUCCACGUGGACUCGAGCUUCAACCCGCAGAGGGCGGGGUACUCGCUUUUGCUAUCGCAUGAACUGCCGCCGGCGGGUGCGGGGGGAAACACGGAGUUUGGCGAUACCAGGGCGGCGUGGGAUGACCUCGAUGACGACUUCAAGAAGGAGCUCCUGGAGAAGAACUAUGUUGCGUGUCACUCGAUCCUACAUUCGAAGAAGUUGGCUGCGCCGGAGCAUUUCGCCAACUUCGAACCGGCAGAUUAUCCGAUGGGACGGCAUAGACUCGUACAGAAGCAUGAGAGGUCCGGCCGGAUGAACUUGUAUCUUGCGAUGCAUAUUCAUCAUAUCGAAGGCCUCGGGACGAAGGAGUCAAAGGAGCUGUUCGAGAAGCUUUUUGAGCAUGCGACGCAGGACAAGUACCGUGUCAUGGUGGAGUGGAAGGAUGUCGGAGACCUAGUCAUUUGGGAUAACACGGCGACGAUGCACCGCGCAUAA